AUGUCGGACGCACAGGGCUUAGACCGUGUCACCUCUCUAAGGCGCCUCCGAGGCUUCUUCCGCCGGUGCCUGAGGCGGGGGCAGUGGCAGCUUGCUCUGUCCUGUGUACCCCUAUUAUACCAGGCUCCUGAAGCCAAUAAGACGGAGGAGAUCUUGAGAGCCCUGGUAACUGUUCCCCAUUUACUAAGAUGUGAUGAAAACCACACUCCUGAGCAGUUAUCCUGGUUCUGGCUUAGUGCUUUGAGUGAGUGGUUUCAAUGGAGUAAGGCUGUUCUUCCUGUUUUACUCAAAAAUGAAACUGAAUUUCUUUUCUUACUGGGCGAGUUGGAAUGCAACAUUUUAGAACAAGUUCAUAAGGAGUUGCAUGAUGCGUUUUUACACAGUCAACAUGAAUCUAAGGAAAAUAGGAAUGAAGGACCGGGCCCACAGCUCAGCCAUGAAACCAUCACUGUUUUACAAGAUGUUCUGUCUAAAAACCCACGACUAACACAAGCUAUCUUUCAGUUUUUACUUGUUGAUGAUGGCCACACAUCUGCACUGGAAUAUAAUAAUAGCUUGCACAGAAUUUCAGUGGACUAUCUCUUACGCUUGUUAACAUCUCUUGAACACCUCCAACAUAGUGAUCAAUCCAAGACACAUCUAGAAGAACAGAGAGCAGAGCAGAUUUACAACAUCUUAAGCACUAUGCACUUUAAUGUGGAACAUCAAGCGAUUGACUUGAAACACUUGUGUGAAGAACUCUAUAGAGCCUGUCGGAGAAAGAGAAAUGUUUUGAUUGAAGAAGACGUACAAGGAUGUAUGCUACGAAAACACAACUAUGGAUUAAUUCGUUUGUAUGGAAGUGUGGCUAGUGAACAAAUAAAGGAACAAAUCCUUAUGUGGAAUGCUAUAGAAAAAGUUGGUGAUCUCUCUAAUAGUGAGCGAGCUAUCCUUGCCUUAUUCAGUAACCCUGAGCAAUCUGACCCCUGGAAGGCUGCCUAUUUCUAUUGCUGUUCCACUGGAAAACACUUUCUGGAGCAGAUUGUGCUUACUGCCUUAGCUUUGAUAAAGAAGGAAGACUUCUACAAUUUGGAGCUGCUUUUGAAGAAAGAAUUUAAACCGCUUCGACGUCUCCUUGUGCUGUUAGGAUGGGGUCACUGUCGGAGUAUUGAAGCAGUAAAUUCUCUUCUGUGUGCUCUCCAUCAAGGAAAAGAUACUUGCAAUGAUUUAGUGUUUAAAGAAGUCUGUGAUGGAUUGAUGUUUCAGGUUGAUGCUUUAAGAUGGUGCAUAGAACAUAACAGUCAGAGUAUUCCUAAAAAAACUCUCUUACGCCACUUGAACAGUAUAGAGAGCCAAUCAGCCUUGUAUAUACUGCAUCACCUGACUAACCUGGCAGAGGUAAACGAGGACGACGUGCUUAAGCUCCUGCGGGCAGAACCCUCCAUUGGAAAAGGAGGAGAUGAUGCAAGCAUCUCCCUGCAGCAACACAACAGUGCUGUGUUUCAGGCAUUUUGUGCUAUAAAAUAUGCGAUUUAUGCAAUCUCUCUCAAUGCUCAUAAGAGCGUCCGAUCCAAGGGCUGCCAGCAGAGCUUUCUGAGUGGAUCCACAACAAGCACUGAGGUUCUCAAUAUUCCAGAGGAGUCAGUUCCAUCACAAGAUGGCUCUAAGAUGUAUGAACAAUCCAAGGACUGCCAAGAGAGCUUUCUGAGUGGAUCCACAAAAAGUACGGAGGUUCUCAGUAUGCCAGAAGAGUCCAUUAAAUCACAAGAUGAUUCUAAGCUGUUUGAGCAUUACUUAUCAAAGUGCCAGUAUUAUUUACAACUAUUACCGGCUCAUUUGAAGCUGGAACUGUUGGAGAACAUUUUCUCUCUUUUCUUUGUGUCACUAAAUGACUUGAACACCAGCUCCUCACAAUCUGAUGACUGUGCUAUGGAGCAAAAUGAAGACUACGUACAUCUCAAUAUUGAAAGGCCAAUAAACUUGGAUAGUAGAGAAUAUUCUCAGGUUGUCGUAUCUGCAAAACAGACUCACCACAGCGAAGGCUCUAUUAACAGUAUUGAUUUGUCUGAUGUUUCUGAAACCUCUUCCUUUUCUGAUGUGGAAAACGCUGAAAAGAUUUCACAUGGAUUCCUCAGAAAUAAUUAUUUAGACCUGGAACAUUUCACUAGAGAAUUGUCAGGGUUUGUAGUUGAUGAAUUGUCCAUGGAUGCGUUUUUGAAAAUGUUAAAAGAAAACAUUGAAGAACUGAAAGACUUCAUUUCAUUGUGUGGAGAUAACCUUAAUGAAGAGCAAACGUUGAAUGAAUGUUGGUCCAACUCUACAUUCAAAAAGGAUUUCAAUUGUAGAAUACUUCAGUUAUCUAAAUAUAUAUCAGAAGCCCAGUGGCGAUACAAGGUUGUGAUGAGCAACAGAAGUGCAUGUAGCAAGUCAGCUGGUUUUACUGCCAGGGAUGGCACAGAUAACCGAACACAAGCUCAAGAACAAAAUCUGAUUCCCAUGAUGCUCUCCUCACCUGAAUGUUUGCUUGUGUCAUGUAUAUUGAGAGGGAACUACACAGAAGCGCAUCAGGUUGCACUGAUGUACAAUCUGCAACAUUCGUCAAGUUACAGUGAGUUAAAAUUCAUGGAAUGCUAUGAGGAAGUGAUGCGAGAACUUGCUAGGCUUGAGCAAAAAAUAGAAAAUCAGAUCUCAGAGGCCAACAUUAGCAAGCCGAGUAAUAGUCGCUCUACUCUCAAAGCCAUUGGAAAUGCAGCAGCUGCAGGCAUGGUGUCGUACUCUAUUUCAGAUGUAAUGGAUAAAUUACUGACCCCAGGAGAAGGGCGAAUACCUGCAUUACAUGAUGAUUUCUGGAUAAAUAGCGCUAGAUUAGAGAAGGUUAGUUCUUGGAGGUGUGUGAUAGAAGAACUGAUUCCCUCGGCAAUGACCACUUUUGAUCUGGCCUGCACUCAGGCUCGUGUCUGGAAAACUUGCAAACAACUGCUUGAAACUGCAGAAAGAAGACUGCAUAAUCACUAUGAAAUAAAAGGCAGCAAGCAGUUUCCUAUAAUUAAUUAUCCAGAAGGUAUACGUGGCUUUCCAUCAGUCCUUCAGCAAAUUAGUAAAAUCAUUACUUACCCGUGUCCUGCUCCAGUACAAGAUGAAUUAGGAGAUAAAAUAAGCAACCAAUUCAAGUGUAACAUUACAGAGAUUUUGCACACUUGCUAUGCAGUAAUGUCCGAUGAGUAUAUUAUUCGCAAUAUUACACUUGACCGUGAGCGGGAACAAAUUCUCCUUUGUCUUAAAGCUGCAAUAUCUGUUCAUGAAGCAAAAGGAAAUCUGAUCCAAACAUUACUGGAUCAGUCCUCUACAAAACCCCAAGAAGUUCAAUCGCAUCCUGUACGCCAGGAGAUGUCACUUCUCUUGAACAAUCUGGAUGAAUGCGAAAGGUCUCUUGAGAACCAAAUCCAUAAGUCUCAGUAUAUCAGAAGCUUUUUCACACAUAUGGACACUUUAGCCAAAGUUAUCAUUCAAAGCAUAAAUACAGAACUUGAUACAUCUCUAGAUCUGAAAACUGGAAAUCCUUUUGUUCUUCUACAACAAAAACCUGCUCAGUUGAUUUCUUACUUGCUGUUUGAAAAACAAGUACAAGCAGAAAGGUUGUCUUCACUACUGGAGAAAGAAAAUAUUGAGCUAAAUUUAGGGCGGGUUAUACUGGAUUGUUGCUGUGAGCCAUUGUCCAUUUGUAGGACAAUGAAGACUGUCCAGACUCAGUUGCUCUUGAUUGGUAUUGGACAAAUGACUCAGCAAUGUUUGAAUACUUGUUUACCAGACAUAUGUAUCCCACUUCUCAAGUGUGACAAGGAUAGAGAAGCCAGUUCUUCCUUUAAGCAAACUGUGUCUGAUUCUAGCCAGUACAGUAUCACAGCAUCCAUCCUAAACUUCUUAAAAUCAAAGUCAAAUAUAACUGCAAUUAUUGCCUGUCUGAGUGCUUCCAAAAUUCAUAAAGCCCCAAAAUCAGGUCUGUCCUGGAUGGAAUUAAUAGGCAACAAGAAAGAAAGUCCACUGGAAAUGGAAUACAUUGCAAAGGAAUGUGAACUGCUCCUUUCUGAGUUUCUAGUUCUUCAAAGGUUUUUGUCCACCAUGUCUGCGCCAUUUGUGGAUGACUAUACUGAGGGCAAUGAAUAUAACCGGUCUAUCUGUGGCAAGAUUUGCAGUUCCUUGAUUCUCCUAGGUUUUCACUACCCUGCUGCAAAUGAAGUAAUUAUGGAAGCUUUCCAGAAAGCCGUUACUGAAAAGAAUUGGAAAAAGGUUUUGCAGAUUUUAGAUUUGCAUAUUGGUGAACUUGAAGACUUUGCAGGAGUGAAAGACGCUCUCUUGUGCUGUGCUGCUGCUGAAGAGGCAGAUGGCUGGAAAUACAUUUUUGCGGUUGAAGACCCUGACUUAAGAAGUAAACUUGCCCUUCACUUUCUUGACAAGUGGCCUCUGGAAGCAUGUCAAGAGAUCCUUGGAUAUUGUUUCUGUGAGCCACACAUUGCCGCUGAUUUGAAACAAGACCUGCAGAACAAAAUAAAGGAACUGGAGAUUUAUCGCAAGAUUCUCACUCUGAAAGAUGAUGUUUGGGCAAAUUGGCAGGAUUUAAAGAAGAACUGUGUAGACAAUCCACAUACAAUCAUUGCUAUUAUACUGGAAGCUAAGGACUAUGAGUUAUGUGAGGACUGGAGUCUCUUUUAUCCAAUUCCAACAGAACUAUUAACCAGUCUUCAUGGAGAACACCUCCUGCAUUUAUUGCACAUCAAAGACACUGAAAGAUCCCUACAGCUGUUGCAGAGGAUAAAAGACCAGAAUUUGCAGCUUGCAGUCACUGAACAGGCGUUACUUCAAAAUCCUGGCACUUUUGCUUGCCAUUUCUUGUCUGAUUACCUACUGUCCCAUUUUCAAAAUAGACUUGCAGAAACACGUCAACAUGAUAUACAAAAUAUGCAUAUGGGUUCAAAGGUACUGCUUCUACUUCCGGAGUCUGCUCAUCCAAGCUAUGAACAUCUCCUGUCCAGCCCACUCCUUCUCAUAGAGCAAUUGCUGAUGAAUAUGAAAAUUGACUGGGUUUCUGUUGCAGUGAAUGCUCUGCAACAGCUACUGGUCGAACCCAGUUCAAGUCUUUCAACGGAAGAUGUAGACAAAUUACUCACACUAUAUGCAGGAAAAGCUUUGGCCAUCCCAUUUUCAUUUCGUGAAAGGAAACCAGAUACUGUGAGUCGAAAUCCAGAUAGCUACAGUCAGUUAUCAGAACCUGAACCUAUUACACCGUCUUCACCAGCAGACCAACCUGGUUCCUCUUUGGCUGAUUGGUCUCGCUUUCAGACACCUCCGGGUCCUCCAGAAAAAUUCUUAAGGAAGAACAAGUCUUCUCCAGAGUUUGUGCCACCCGAUACACCACCAGCAAAAGCUCAGUGGAUACCAGAUGAAACAGAAACUAUCUGCAUGGUCUGUAAAAAUGAGAGGUUUACUAUGUUUAACCGUAGACACCAUUGCCGGCGGUGUGGGAGGCUUGUUUGCAGCUCCUGUUCCAUGAAAACAAUGGUGGUAGAAGGGUGUCGUGAGAACCCAGCACGUGUGUGUGAUCAGUGUCAUGAUUAUUUCUCUUCAAGCAUUAUACCUGAAGAAGACCCAGAGCAAAAUCAAGAAGGUCUGGUUGUAAACUUAGCAGAAGUUCUAAAGUUAUCAAAGUCUCAAGAAAUACAGUGGCUGUUAACACUUGAUGAGCAUGAAAAUGAAAUGGAACGGAGUGAGUUUUAUUAUGAACAGGCUCCGAGUGCGUCGUUAUGUACAGCCAUCCUUAACUUGCAUUCAAAAUGCGAAGAGUGUGGAUACCAGUUGAUUGAACAUUGCUGCACGUUAUCCAAAGGACUGACUAAUCCUGAGAUGGAUUGUAGACUGCUUUUGGACAUCAUGAGAAAUUUGUUGUUCAGUGCCAAGAUGAUAUUUGUAAAAGCAGCAAGGAGCCAAGACCUUGAACUGUGUGAUAGCUACAGCAGUAAGGUGGAUUUAUUGAAGAUUUUAGUAGCAGCAUCAUACAAGGACAUUCCCUCUCUAGAUGAGAUUGUAAGGCCGGCUGCUGUAAUUAGGUUAAGGAACCGUCUUUUGGAAGCAGAGUAUUAUAGUUUAGCAAUUGAGGUGUCUACCAAAACAGGACUUGAUCCUGCAGGUGUUUGGCAUGCCUGGGGCAUGGCUUGUCUUAAAUCUGAUAAUUUACCUGGAGCAAGGGAAAAAUUUAGUAGGUGUUUCAAAGCACCUCUGGAUCUUAACCAAAAGAAUGUUGGAUCAAAGCUGUUGGAGGAUGUUGUUCAGUACCUUGAGACUGCAGCCAAACCAAUCCUCUUGGUGAAGGAUGAUGACUAUUUUGCAACCCUUAAAGAGCUUGAAAACACUUUGAAAACCCGUUGCAUAUGGUAUGAAAUGAUGCCUGAGGGAAAGAUAAAAAAUAACACCUACUACCAGGAAUGUUUGCAUUACCUUCAUACCUACGGCACCCACCUAGAGAUUAUAAAGUUUUACAUGCGCCGUGAGCUCAUGCGUGAAGCAUUGCUGUAUUUAUUAAAUAAGGAUUGUCCUGCUGAUAUUUUCAUUGAAGGAGUUUUUGUGCCGAGUUAUGAAAGUGGCAAGUUGCAAGCGCUGGAAAACCUGAUUAAAUAUAUUGACUCCACUUUGCAAUCCUGGAGCAGCUAUCUGAUUGAAGUGUGUAAAUACCUCCAACAGAAGAACUUCUAUAAUAUCCUUUAUGAACUUCAGCAAUUUAUGAAGGACCAUGUACGUGCGGCCAUGACCUGCAUAUAUUUUUUCUCUUACAAAUCGAAGAACUACCAAGACCUAGGACAUAAUCAAAAAUGGCUGAUCAAAUCAAAGGAGCAUCUCAAAACAUAUUUGCAAGAUUUGUCUCGAAGCAGUAGGAAAAAAUCCUUUGACACAUUUAGGAAAAAAAUGUCUCCAUCUGAAGUCUCCAGACACAUCAAUACAAUUGAACUACAGAUGGAAAUUACAAGGUUCUUGAAAAAAUAUCAUUUUUCAGAGACCACAAAUGUCUCCAGCAAACCACCGCCAACACUUUUUGGCAAUAGCUCCAUGAUGAUUGAUGUAGCAUGUAAGGUCAUUUUAGGGGGGAAAAACGUGGAAGAAGGAUUUGGAAUAGCUUUCCGUGUCAUCCAGGACUUUCAGUUGGAUGCAACAAAAGUAUACAGUAAAGUGUGCAAAGAGCUGGCACAAAGGAAACAUUAUUCUGAAAUAUUGCAACUUGUGAAGUGUGUCAGCGAAUCUGGCGUUGCUUCAGAGAGUGACUGUGAUCAAAUUAUACUAAAAUGUGUAGAAGACAUUGUGGACGGGAACUUAGAUGAACUUGAAAAUCUUAUUCGAGAAGUAAAAAAUGAUGAUAACAAGAUUAAGGCAUACUUGAAGUGUCACUCACUUCGCUCUGCUUUUUUGACGGCCAUAAAGCUGGAACCUACCAAAGCCUUCCCCAUCAUACAGGAGGUUUGUGACAUGUCCUACAAAUUAGGGCAAAUGCGUGUUCACGAAAUAUCCUUUAAAUGGCUUGAAGACUACGAACUAAUGACCAAGGAAGUGAAUAAAAGAAGCACAAAGAAGUAACUGCUUUUAGGGAAAAAUACUUAAGCAUAAAUUGGUGCUCCAAAUUCUAGUGUACAAAAAAUAAUAAUUUAUAGAAAUGUAAGUUUGUCAUCAAGUACUGUAAAUACGUGA